CUUUUUGUAAGUUGACCUUGUAACCUGCAUCAGCCCGUACAUACUACCCUGGAUACGUUUGAAGACUCGUUUCAAAGGUGAUCUACUUUAAGUUUAAUCCGACUUCGAGCCAGCGCGUCAAUCACCACUUAAGUAUCCGAAGUUGUAGUGCCGUAUAUAAAAAUUGUUAUUUUGUCGUACGGUUUGAGAAAUAGAAAUAUCGCGGCACAGGUAUUUGGUUCGCAUUCUUUGUCGAGAUCAGAAAGAUGCUGUUGAGUUGCGACAGUCCCUUAUAUUCCCGUUUCGAGCGGCCACGAGCAAACUCUAGUGCAGUCAAGCUUCCACCAGUCGGGUUUGCAGCGCCCCAGGGACUGCAUUCAGAUGGUGGGAGUAUGUUGAAGUACAACCUAGAGAACUACUUACAGGCGAAACAGGAGCUUAGCAAAAUUAGUUACGGAGCAACGAGAACGAUUAGCAGGGCAAAUGAUGGCGCUCCAAGUUUUUUGGGAACUAGUGGUGGUUCACAUGGACUUCUGGAACAGGUUAGCCGAGAACGCGACUCAUCUACAUCAUCGCCGCCACAAUCAGUAGAGCUUAUGCUUGAAGUGCAAUCGUUGCGCAAGCAGAACCGCGACCUUGCGACAGCUAAGGACAAACUUCAGGGAGCGCUUGAAGAUACACGAAAGCAGCUAUCCUAUGCGACGGCCGGAAACGGUCUGCUUUGGAGCAGCGCUUUGCGGACUAUGCUCAGUCGUCCUCCGGGAAGUCUGCACGCUGAGGGCGAGCGCUUACGGAUGGAGAGACUGGAGGCGGUCAACCAGUUUCCUCAAUGUCAGCUCUGCGGCACCCCUGCUGCGGACAGUAAAUCCAGUGUUGCGAUUCUCCGCACAGUGCGCGCAUUGGAGCAGGAGCUAGCAGCGCAAGCGGGAAAAUCCGAUGAAUUGCGAGGCUAUCUUGCCGAGGAAAAAGCGAACGGGAUUGCGCGUUUGCAAGUGACUAGAGAGCGCGAAGCCAUGAUGCUGGAAGAGGUAGAAGCCUGCAUGCUCGCUGCUAGCAACACAUUGCCAAAGGACGAUAUAGAGGCUGAGCGGCAAGCUCAUCAGGAAGCACAUGAGGCGUUGCUCGCUAAAGUAGCCGCAUUAGAGCACACAAUAGCCACGCAAACGGAACGCGAAGUAGAGCAAAGUCGAGAAAUAGAGGAGAUGAAAAGCAAGCAUACUUCGGAGAUCCAGAACAGGGAUAAGCAGAUGGCGACAAGAGCAGAAGAGCACAAGAAGGAAGUCAAGGCCUUGAUCGAGAAAGGUGAAAUUUUGGACAAGCAACUCCAAGCGGCGAAAGGUUCGGCAUCAAAAGCAGACAAGAGGCGUGUGUCUGAACAAGAUGCGCUCGGCGGAGCACUGGGGCUGUAG